AUGAGGCUGUUGCCUAACCUGCUGGAGCUGUCCCUGAACCCCACCUCUAGGCCUCUAAGCUCUGAUCCUCAGGCCAUCACGUGUGAGCCCGGCCCAGACCGUGGCCUGGUCACCUUGCUGCUGGAAUCGUCCAAGCGCUGCUAGGGACAGUCUCACGUGGGGAGGAGCAAAGAGAUGAACAUAGCAGCCAAGUACCGCCAGGCAUCCCUGUAUGUGGGUGAUCUCAAUGCAGAUGUCACCGAGGACCUGCUGUUCAAAAAGUUCAGCGCCGUGGGGCCUGUGCUGUCCAUCCGCAUCUGCAGGGACCUGGUCACCCGCCGCUCGCUGGGCUAUGCCUACGUGAACUUCCUGAAGCUGGCUGAUGCCCAGAAGGCCCUGGAUACAAUGAACUUUGACAUGAUAAAAGGCAAACCCAUCCGUCUCAUGUGGUCUCAACGUGAUGCCUACUUAAGGAAAUCUGGCAUUGGGAACGUGUUCAUCAAGAAUCUAGACAAAUCUAUUGAUAACAAAACCCUUUAUGAACAUUUUUCAGCUUUUGGGAAGAUCCUGUCCUCCAAAGUAAUGACUGAUGAUCAAGGCUCUAGGGGUUAUGCAUUUGUGCACUUUCAGAACCAGAUCGCGGCUGACAGAGCCAUCGAGGAGAUGAAUGGGGCCCUGCUUAAGGACUGCAGGCUGUUUGUUGGCCGAUUCAAAAACCGUAAAGAUCGGGAAGCUGAGCUCCAAAACAAGGUCAAUGAAUUCACCAAUGUUUACAUCAAAAACUUUGGCGAUGACAUGGAUGAUGAGAGACUGAAGGAAGUUUUUGGUAAAUACGGCAAAACCCUGAGUGUUAAGGUGAUGACAGAUUCCAGUGGGAAAUCCAAAGGCUUUGGCUUUGUGAGUUUUGAUAGCCAUGAGGCUGCCAAAAAAGCUGUUGAAGAAAUGAAUGGAAAGGACAUAAACGGACAGCUGCUUUUUGUAGGCCGGGCGCAAAAAAAAUCAGAGCGGCAGGCUGAGUUGAAGCAAAUGUUCGAGCAGCUGAAACAGGAAAGAUUUCGGAGAAGCCGGGGCAUGAAGCUCUAUAUUAAGAACCUCGAUGAUACCAUCGAUGAUGAAAAACUGUGGAGGGAAUUUUCUUCAUUUGGAUCAAUUAGCAGAGUCAAGAUAAUGCGGGAAGAAGGGCGAAGCAAAGGGUUUGGGUUGAUCUGCUUCUCUUCUCCUGAGGAGGCCACUAAAGCAAUGGCUGAGAUGAAUGGGCGAAUCUUGGGCUCCAAGCCACUCUACAUUGCCCUGGCCCACAGGCCCUAA